AAUGCCGGCAACUUUCCUCCUGCUCCACAACACAAUUACAAUAAUCCUACACCUAUGAAUACGAUCGUACCAGAAGUGGGCGGAUCAAUAUCUGGCUCCGGUGAAGAUCGAAAACCACCGAUUGAAGCGUUCAACGAGGCACGCAAAUUCACUAAAUACGCGCUAAGCGCUAUCGACUACGAGGACACCAAAGCAGUUGUCGAAAAUUUGCGUAAAGCGCUUGCACUCAUGGAACGAUUUUAG